AUGACAUCUAAACAAAUAAUAUUUCCCGGUGACUCAGAUACUCUUGAGCAUGCUAUUGAAAAAAUUUCUUCCCCGGUAAAACUCGGUCCUAAUAUUUUUCAAAAUCCUGUUACUGCUCCAGUGCCUAUAAAAGCGGGCUAUCUUUCCACAAAAAAGAUCAAAAAUGGUGCUAUUAUUUAUGUGGAAAGCUCUAACAAACGAUAUACGCCUGUUUUGGGUGACAAUGUUAUAGGAAUCGUUUCAUUGCGACAUUCAGAAGGAUUUCGCGUAGUGUUACAAGAAUACAGUCCACCAGUCCAACUAGGGCAGUUUGCUUUUCAUAAUGCCACUAAAAAAAAUAAAGUGAAUCUUUCACCAGGGGCUGUCGUUUAUGGAAGAAUCUGUGCCGCUGACUUAAAUAUCGAGACGGAAAUGGAAUGUGUCAAUUCGACUACUGGACAAUCUGAUGGCUACGGGGAGCUUAAAGGUGGACAUAUUAUUGACGUUCCUUUAGGUUAUGCUCGGAUGCUUUAUUACGAAGGUGGGCCUGUGCUGAAAGCCAUUGGUGAACAUGUGAGCUUUGAAACCGCUGUUGGAUUAAACGGCAAAGUCUGGGUGGUUUCAGAUGAUGUACUCACAACUUGGAAAGUAGCUAGGUGUAUUGAAAAUGGCCAGUAUUGGAGUAAAGAUGAAGUUGAAAAUAAUGUGGCAUCUAUUUUUGCUUCUACAUGA